CAAAUGUGGUAAUUAGAGCUCUUAUGACAGGAUAAACGCACAGACAAUAUUGGUUGAGACUGACCACACCUGUUCCGUUCUUUGAAAACAAAACUUUCAUAUAAAGCUUGAUUUUAAAUACAAGCAGACAAAUACCCUUUGCACUGUUGCACGGCACUUGCAAUUGCGUUCAUAUCCGACGAUUCGCCUUCAACAACGCGAAGUAUAAUUUGAGUGAUACGUCUUUGAGAAUGUCGGCAAACGCAUUGACCCUGGCGUUAGAACUGCCGGGAGUCAAUCUUCCAUCGGAUUUUAAACAUCUGACAGGCAAACUACAGGGACCAGGUGAUGAACACCCAAAAGACAGUCUAAGCUUGGAACUAAUGCCAGAUAACACAGUGUCUUUGAGUUUUGCGCCAGUGGUGACAGGGGACCAUUUAGUAUAUAUUUACAAGAACGGACAACAGAUCUCUGGGAGUCCUUUCACCGUUCGCGCUGAAGGACCCAAGCCACCGGACUCUAGCAAGGUGAAAUUAAUUGGCGAGGGCUGGAAACGAGGGACUUCCGGACAAUUGAGCAAGUUUACUAUUGAUGCCCGUGAGGCUGGAAGUGGUGGUCUUGGUUUCUCUGUGGAAGGUCCCAGUAAGGCUGAAUUAAACUGUUUAUCAAAAGAGGAUGGCACGUGUGAGGUUAACUUUCUACCCAAGGCUCCCGGGAUGUACACGAUACACAUCAAAUUUGCUGAUCAGCAUAUCCCAGGUAGUCCCUUCAUCUGCGCAGUCGCAGACGUUGACGGUUCUAUGCCGGAUAAGAUAUCUCCAUCACGAAUGUACACGGCACCUGCCGAUAUCAGCCGACGAGAGUUUAUCGUAGAGAGCUCGGUAACACCCACUUCGUAUGAUGUAAAUGCAACACAACGCCCUCACGGCCUGGAGGUUGAUCUGACAGGCUAUGAUAUCAGUAAAUUGAGCACAAAUGUAGAGACACCGACUGGGAAAGUUGAAAAUGCUGAGAUUGUCUCCACGACUGAUGACAAGUACACGAUCACUUUCGUGACGCGCAAUAGUGGAACGCACAAGGUGAAUGUGUUGUAUGACAGAAAACAUAUCCCUGGAAGUCCAUUCUUGGUUGAUAUUGACAUAGCCAACUGGCAGUUGAAGAGCAACGCCAAAGUUACUGGACCGAAGGAAGCGAGAGGGAAUGUUGGCGUGCCUUGUGAGUAUGUGUUGUCAACGAAGGAUUCCGGAGGAGGAAAAUUGGGUGUGUCUGUUGAAGGUCCUGCUGCGAGUAAAAUAAUAUGCGAACCCAAUGGAAAAGAUGAAUACAAGAUCUCAUUUACGCCCGAGGCAACUGGUAAAUACAUCCUGUACAUGCGUCUCAACGAUCUUGAUAUUUUCAAGUCAAUCGUCACGGUACCGAAAGGGGAAUCUGGUGAGCCAACGGUUUUAUCAAGCAAAAAUGUAAAAGUUGGCGCGAAAUUCACACUGCAUGUCCCACAUACGGGUACUGCUGGAGAGCUAACGUCCCACGUCAUAACACCUUCUGGAGAAAAGAUACCGGGAGAAGUGACCAAAGUCGAUAAUGAUACGUACGGAGUAUCGUUCACACCAGAAAAACCCGGUGAUUACAUCAUACACAUCUUUUUUAAGGGGGUACCAUUGUCCGGUAGCCCUUACAAGCUCCAUGUUGAAGAGCAAAAGAGUGCGCCAGGCAAGAUCCGUGUCUUUGGACCAGGUCUCAAAGAAGCAGUUGUGGGCCAGGAAACUAGCAUUACUGUAGACGCAAAAGAUGCUGGUCCAGGAACUUUGUCUAUAGAUGCUGAAGGUCCAGCCAAGUUGGAUGUCCAUUGUGAAAAACAAAGUGAAGGCUUAUAUCUUCUCUCGUAUACAGCAAUGGUCAGCGGAGAUUAUAAGAUCAACAUUGUAUUAGGAGGAGAGGGCGUACCAGGAAACCCGUUUAUUAUUAAAGUUUCUCCAGAUACCAACACAGUCAAUGCUCACUUAUGUAAAUCACGCGGGUCGGGUCUGUACGGCGGCAUUCAAGGUAAACCAAGUCUCUUCACAGUCAACUGUAGUAAAGCAGGUCGAGGUUCCCUUCUCGUAGGGGUCGAAGGCCCGACCAUUCCAGUGAAUGAAAUCAAUGUUCGGCAUAAUGGAGGUAACGUAUUCCUGGUUGAAUAUAGUUUGGAGGACCCAGGAGACUAUAUUCUUAAAGUACUGUGGGGGGAUAAGCAUAUCCAAGGGUCCCCUUUCCCAGUAAGAGUUGUGCGAGCUGAUGGUAUAAGCGUUGGACGAUAAACAGUGCAAACAGGCCAUAUUGCCAAAAAUUUUAGAAUCUAUCACAUCAGAACAUUAGAUAAUUGACCAAAGACAUUUCAUGUAUUACUUACAGCGUGUAAAAACUGCAUGGUUCUCUAGCUUUAAUAAGAUCAUGACAAUGUUUCGAAAUUUGAAUUAGUUUUGGCAAACAGUAGUAAAAUAUAGUUUUUCCAAACCAAAAAA